AAUCACCGUCUCCAGAAUCCCGUAAUUCCUAUUGACAUAUUUUUUUCCAUCAUCUGCAACCCAAUCAGCAGAUGGUAGUAUUUUCGCAAAGUGCAUCAAUAAACAAAAAUCCUAUGCAGGCAAAACAACAACAACGAAGUAGUAGAAAUAGAAAGAAAAGGGGAAUAGAAUUUUUGUACUGAGUUGUGAACACCAAGAGAAUAUACAAAUAAAUGAAAACAAUGUGAAAAGUGUAAAUUAUUAAUGCAUUUUGUACAUAAAAACGGCGACAUUUGGACGGUUGAUUAGGUAAAAUGAUAUAGUAAAGCAUUUGUAAUAAAAUUUUAUAAAAGGACCGAUAAAAAUAAAUAAAAAGGCUGAAUAUGCAAAGCCAUUAACGAAACGAAAGUCGAGCGCCAUUUUUGUCAGUUGUCAACUUCGUGUUUUCGCAAGUGAAUUUAGUAAAAUUUUAUCAAAAAGUUUUACAUUAAAUCUGCCCUGAGAAUUAUUAAAUUUGGCUUCACAGAAAAUGAGCGCCAAUGCGCUGGGCGGGGACGAAAAUCAGACGGUAUUGUCGAUUACGACGACAACUGUACCACCCGGUCAAGAAUUCAUUGAUGAAUUCGAGGAGUUAUUGGAAAGCAAUGAAACUCAAAUCCGAAUCGGUGAAAGAGUACCACUUGCCAUAGCAAGCAAUGGCAAAAGCGUUGGCGGCGGAAAAAAUGUCAACGAGCGCAAACCAAAUGGCGUUAUAUCCACAACAAAUUGCGAUGAAAAAUCGCGCUCCGAGUUGGAUUCCGAAGUGAGUGAGUUACUAGGUUCUGUGAUAAUGCAUAAUUGUACGGGAACUCGUGCUAGUGCACGGGUCAUACAAAAAAUGAAACAAGACCAGACGCGACCAUUAACACCACCAAAUGAACGCGAUCCACAGCGACGUGACGAGAAGUCAAUGCAAAAAACUCCAUCGCAAUUACGCAGCAAUAAGCCGACAUGGACUAAUUUAGAACGUAAUCACUUUUUUGAUGCGCUAAAUGAGUUUGGCAAGGAUUUUGAUGCACUCGGCAAUUAUAUAAACACAAAGCUGAAACGUAGAAGCACAGCAGACGGUGCAUUCAAAACGAAAGAACAAGUGCGACAGCACUAUUACCAGACCUAUCAUAAAAUUUGUAAAUAUAUAAAGUUCUCUGACGAGGUUAAGAAACCGGCACAGGAGUUAUAUGCGCUUAUCAAUUAUGGCGAAAUGCGAAGGAAACUUCAAUUCGUAACCGAUAAACACUUCAUGAAAUUGCGAAAUCUUGUCUACCAUGGUCACAUAACUGUGCGUUGUAAAGGCAAAAACCUGCGUAUUAAGACACCAUCAUGUAAGGCGUUAAGGAGACUGAAUCAACUCGAUGACUCACUUGAGGACAUACGAUUGCCAUCGAAAAUCGAGGUAAUCGUCAGUCCUGCCACUAUGGAAGCCUUUGGACGCGUUCAAACCGUUGCACAAAAUCCUCGUGUACGCACUACGGUGCCACUGCACAAGAAAUUGGUAAAUUUUAUCAAAACGUUUCAAAUGAAAUGGCGUAGUGCCGAGCAGAAAAUGGCAGAAGAAGAAUUAAAAUUAUUUCCUUCCUAUUGCGCGCCCACUCCCACUUUACAUUCAAGCGAUUGUAAUGGUCCGCAGUCUGCCGAAAGUUCUGAACGUCUGCCAGCCUUUCAAGAUCCCGAAAUGUGUUUUUUACCCAAACCAGGUGUGCCUAUACAUCGCCCAUUGUUGAGUAUCACGGAGUACCUUGGUAGUGGCAAUAUCUGUUUGGCCGCAUACGAAGAACGUAUGGGCGUGAAAGUGCGUGGUGAAACAUUAUCACAAGAUCGUGCUGCCAAUAAACGACCACGCACCGAAAGUGGUUCGGAGAAGCGUUCGCCUGAUUCGAAGAAAAAUAAACUUUUCAACAGUCCACCAUAUGAAAAACUAGAUAAUGAUAUUCCUGCUGGUGAUAUUGUGUUCAAAGAUGAACUUGGAGUGAUGUACGAACAGGACAUAUUACCAGGAAAGUGUGAAAGCAGUAGCGAUGAAUUAAGUGAUGAACUGCAAGAGUUGUUGAACGCCGAUUUGGACAGUAGUGUAGUGAUAAAAGAAGGUGCUGAUAACUCCCAAGAGGAGGUAAAAAUAUCAUUAAACACAAGUGAUAUCACAAUAACAAUAAACGCAAAUUCAACAACUUUUAAUCAAAACCCAAACACUGCCAAUAAUCAAGCGCGUAUGCGACGACCUGUCAAUGCGCGUGCUGGACGUGCCAGUGCGUCCAACUUUAAGCCACUCAUCAGCGAGGCAGUGAUUCGGCGUAUACGAAAAGGCUGGACUAUUUCCACGGCGGCGGACAUAACCAUCGGCGAUCUUUAUGUUGUGCUGGGACAAGAUUCGAAACUCGAACUAGACUACUAUUGGACUGACAGACAACAACAACAGCAGCAGCUACCAAGUGUGAAUACCGUUAACACCAGCAAUGCGUUGCUUAAUGUCAAUAAUAUGCAUGUAAAUAGUAGCUGCAGUUUAACCUUCGGUGGCGCUGCUUUGGAGUCUAUGACGCAAUCAGAUACAAAAGUAUUUAUGCAAAAACAAAAUGGCAUGCCAUAUAAUCCCAGCGAAUGUGAUGACCCGGGGUUGCUGAAAUCCCUUUCCACCGCUGGCUUUGCAAACAAGCUUAAGCAUCUGCUUUUAAUAGCCAAUCUGAGCGAGCGCAUGCGCAAGCGACAGUGUUCCUGUGGACACACAUGCGAGCGUAAUGUAGCAAAAUCAAGAAUGGAACGCAAUUUGGCCACCAAAACUUAUGUGUCGACAAAAACAUUUUCAACCAAUAACAACAACGAGAGCAAUAAUGUUUUCCGCCAGCCUGUGGCACCCAUACGACGGCCACUUUUCAAUAUGGACAGCGUCAAACCACUCUAUCCGGUGUCACGUCAAAAGCAAUCAAUGCGUCAAGUGUUGGUGCAACGUAUGAUAUUGCCUGGUGGCAGCACGGCUAAUCAGUCGUACGAUGUGUUGAAAGCUAAAAAUAUUGAAAACACACGUGAAAGCUCUGCAACUAAUACAGUGGAACAAAGUUCAUGUGCAGAAUCUCUUACGUCUCCUGCAUCUGCCGCUAUGACAACGACGGAAGUGUCAACCAUAGUGCCGCUACAUCAUAAUCCACCAACGAUUAGCAAUUCCUCACCAUUUAUUUCAAUUACAAAUAGUAGUUAUAGCGAUAGCGACACAGCUGGUGGUUUAGAGCAGGUGGACAAUAACCCUUCAACUUCCGGAAUAUAUAAAAUGUCAGCUAACAAUGUAAACACUAAUAACACUGAUCUUGUUGCUCGUUUCUUUCAAUCUUCUGCUAUUGAUAACGCUGAUGUAUCGCUGUCGUCGUCAUUUCCCGAUAGCGCCUUCGAUGAGUCUACAAAUACCAGCUCGCUCAACGGUAUGACCCCCACACAUUUACUGCGAGAGUCCACGUCGAAUUCGCGUUGGCUUGAAGAGAACAUCAAUGAUUUCUCCCUAACCAGUCUGCUGGGGCAUUUGGAUGAGAUCAAUGCAACUCGUGAUAUUUUGGAUCCCUCGUCGAAUUUGUCGGUGAUAAGCGAAAGCAGCGUCGAUUAUAUGCAUAAAUUUCAAGAGAUUACUGCCUUAAUGCAAAGCCAGGACAAGGAUUAAAGCCAAUAUGCAAAAUUUAUAUAAUUUCAUACGCUGAAUUUAAGGUCUGCUAAUGACUGGCUGUUGUGCCAGGCCGUUCGCAGCUCUUACAGAUCUGACCAAACUAUAUACAUACAUAGAUAUUAGUUAGUUAUAGUACCAACACCAAUAAUCUAUAAGUGAAAAAUUGUCGACCUUUUACAUUUCCGUUCCCAUAAUUUUUCAUUUCUCUCUUAAUUUUAUGAGUUUUCGCCCAGUCCUGAGGUCGAAGCAUGAACAUCUGCAUCCUCACUUUUACACGUAUUUAUAUACAUACACAUAUAUAUACAAAAGAAGGGAAUAUAUGUAUUCAUUUCUCACUCACAAUUAUUUACUUUAAGUAAAAUAGUUUUAAUAACAUUAAUUUGUGCUUUAAUUUAUAUACUCAAAAUGAUUUUAUUUUUAUGAUCAUCACACCAUAUAUUAUAUACCUAUACUUAGUUUUUUCCUCCUCCCUUUACAAUAAAGCUAUAUAUAUUUAUAUGUAUAUAUAUAUAUAUCGUCUAAUGUAUAUAUAUUCGUAGUUUUUAAGCUGACGUUGUGAUUUACGCUAAAGCUACACUCAAUUGAUGCAAAACACUGAUGUUUAGUUGAAGCGCUUCUUGAAAUUACGAAAUUCGAUCUUUUUCCCCAUUCACCCAAGAACUCUUUUCCAACAUUCUCUUUAAGCUGAAAUUUUUGGUUAUAUCUCCUUACGAGUGUAGCAAUUUAAACAUAAAUCUCGAGUAUUUGAACACAUUUGCAAUUCAUAUAACGGGUUGUUAUAUAAGUUGGCUUCCACUUUGUAAUGUAAGUAGAGAGGAUGACCACACGCUGUACAUCAAAUUACAAAUUAAUUAAUUACUAACUAAGUUUAAACAUAAGAAUAUUGUUACUUGUUUGCCAUUUCCCUUGUUCGGUUUGUGGACAUCAUUUUUUUUAUACAAUCCUACUCUAUAAGUGUAAUAUAUGUAUGUACGCAUUGAUGUUUGUAUUAUUCGAGAACGUAUUAUUGAAGUCUGUAUAAAUCAUUUAUUAUUCGUUCUUUAUUUAGCUAAGUAAGCCUUUAGUCUGUAGGUAAACAAAAAUCCUAACAAAACAAUAGUUUAAGCUCAACCAUUACAAAUUAGCACCUGCUUGUGACAGGUGAACAAGCACGUUAACCAACAAAACUCAAAUAUAUUAUAUAAAAUGAAAACAAAAAAUAUUUUUAAUAUCCCCUGAAA